CUCUGGGCUCAUCUCCUCCCUCUGUUUCUUAAACCUUUCCCUUCUCUCGGACUCUGUCCUCCUUGCUCUUCCUUCCCUGGCGGCGACGGCUGGGCGAGCGGCGGCGCCAUUUGUCACGUCUUCGCCCAGCCUUUGCCGGCGACGAGCAUCCUCCAGAUGCCGGGUUACUACGACAUCGAUGACAUCCUCAUGGAGGAUGAGCCUAUUUCAGUUGUUUUCCAUGUCACUGCAAAUGGUGUCGGCCUGCUAGAUCCUGGCGCUGAAAGUAACUGUGUAGAGAAGGGUGCCAAGGUAGAGCUCCCAUUUUGGCUUGCACAUGGGCUGCUGUCUCUGGAACAAGCUGUGUCAAUAAAUCCGCCUCCAUGCUUCACACAGAAAACUCGAAAAGAGAUCCAAGCUGAUGCGGCCUGUGUGGACUUGAGGGUUCGUUGCCCCUACUUUUAUGAGCUAGGAUGCAAGAUUGUCCCAUUGGUGAGUGACAAGAGCAUUGGCCUGUUCUUGCGCUAUGCAUUCACCAGUCGGUACAAAGAGGUUCUAAGCAAAUCCCACAGUUCUUCCAUGAUGACAGUGCCCAAGUUUGUCCCACGCCUUACCAAAGAAGAAACUCGUGUAUUUGAAUCUGCUAGGGAAUCGAUGGCUGCUUUCAAGAAAUGGCGUGCUGGUGGUGUGAGGUUGCAAAAGGCUUCCAUCCUUGGCAGGAAGAGGAAGACAAAGCUGCUUGAUGGAACUUCUACUCCUUGAACCUGCAGGUUUAAGGUCUCCAUGGAAUGGAGUGCUUGAGCAGUCUACUUUAUAUGUUCAUGUAUGUUCACAGAUUUGAGCUGUUAGUGUAUAGAAAGAGAAGGAUAGCAGCAAUUUAAUACUUCCUCUAUCACACACCUGUCUUGUAUUCUGGUGCACCUUCGAUGUGCAUCUCUUUAGCCAGACAGGACAGGUGACAGCAGCUCUGAUCUGUUCAUGCUUAGUAAGAAAACUGAAUGCUGCUACAUCCGCCAUCUCCAGUUGGAAUUUCAGGAGUUUGUUUGUAGGGAGCAAAUCUGUAGGAGUCUUAACUGGGUAUCUAGCAGGCUUUGCAGUUUCAAGAUUGACUAUGUAUGGAGACAGUUUGGAUAAGUUUCAUAUGAUUAAAGUGAAGGAGACCGGGAUGAAAAA